UUUAUCCCUAUAUGAACAGGGUUGGUAAAUAUUUGUCCCCAAACAAAAAAAGAUCACUUGUGAGAGUCACAUUCCUUGUAUUCAAAUAAAACCCAAGUAGCAUAUCCGGAAAAUACCUGCAGUUUGAGUAUGAUGUUUAUUGAAUGCAGUCGCAGAGUACCAUUGCAAUAUUGGAAUCAGGUGAGUAGCUUAACGAACAAGAACAUCUUAAGUUGAAAAGUCAAAGAUUACCACCAGAAGAAUAAACUGCUAUCAAUAUGACGGUAUUAAAAGGAGUUAUUUAUAUUUUUGCCAUCUGCCUUUGCUGUGUUCUUAUCAAAGGCCAGUGUAACACAGCUCAGAUCCAUCAAGCAUUGACAGGUUGUCAGACAGAAAGAUUAGUCCUGUCAAAUACAAGCGAAAUAGUCAAUGACACCAAUUACACCAAACUCUGCAAAGCAUUUUUAAACUAUAUCAAGUGUGUGGAACCUAGGCUAACUGGAUGCAAGAGUUCUUCCCUUCGAGGUAUCACAAUUGUCAAAAAGACGUACAGUAAAGAACCCUACCACUGCAUGUUGAACGAUACUGCUGAGGUGAAGACUGAGCAGAGUGCAAUAACACCAAGACAGACCUCUAGCCAACAAGUACAACAAGUGAGCAUUCUAAGUCUACUGGCAGCCAUAAUACUGCAGUAUUUAGUUGGGCUUUUGCAGACCUGCUGCAUGUAUGAAUAAAAAAAUAAGGAAUAAUUCUCAGUAUCAGAUAACAGAAGAAUGUUACAGAAAAAAAUUGCACAGGAAAAUGUCAUGUAUAGAAAAGUACCAGACAAAUGUAACCGACAAGAGAAUACAUUUAAUAUGUACUCACAUGUAAUAAAAGUGUUAAUGGUUUUCAGUUCUAACUUACAUAUCUAGAAAUUGAUAUUAUAGAGAUAAAAGGAGAAAAAAAAAAUGUUUGUGAUCUCCACUUAAAUGUUGAAAUAUUACAGUAAAUCCUAGAGGAAAACUCAUUAUAUUAAAUGAAAAUAAUAAAUAAAUUGAUAUUUGGGAGCUUUACUUCAGUUUCAUGUUUAAUUAAAAGCAUUGCUUUCUUUGUGUUUCUACGCUGUCUUAAAUCAAAAAUAUUCUUCAUUGAUCAAUUUUGCUAUGAAAUGUCUAACUUCACCUUCUCCAUUGCUGUUAAGUUUUGUUAGAAAUUAUUUCAUAAUAGGUUUUAAUUUAAAAAUCUGAAUUUAUUGCUUGAAAGUUGUAUAUAAGCAUGCAUGGAACUUACAACAUGCUAGAAGUCUCAUAAGAUUGGUACUUAGUUUUGAUUUCAGCAAGAACUUAGAUUUUAAUUAAGCAG